AUGGUCUUCAACUCGGAGAGGAUACACGCGCGCGCCGGCGUCCUGGUGCUGCAGCCGGCCCGGGUCGAGGACGCCGGCAGAUACGUCUGCCACGCGAACAAUACCGCCGGCUCCGAGCGGGUCGAGCUGGAAGUCACUAUCAUAAGCAGCCUCUCCAUCCAUCUGGCGCCUCAACAGGUGACCGUGGACCUGGGGAAGGACGCGGAAUUUCAAUGCUCCGUCACCGGCCAGCCGCAUCCGGUGAUCACGUGGGCGAAGGACGGCCUGCCCGUGCGGGAGGGUUCGUCCGGUAGAAGCAAAGUCACGGGUAACGACGGCUCGGCGUUGCGUAUAUCUUCCAUCGUGAGAGACGACAAGGGGAUGUACCAGUGCUUCGCCAAGAACGACUAUGAGAUGGUGCAGGCCACGGCCGAGUUACGUUUGGGAGACGCCGCGCCUCAACUUCUGUACAAGUUCAUCGAGCAGACGAUGCAGCCGGGUCCCUCGGUGUCGCUCAAGUGCAUCGCGAUGGGCAACCCUACGCCGCACUUCUCCUGGACGCUGGACGGGUUUCCUCUUCCGCAAAACGACAGAUUCAUGAUAGGCCAGUACGUGACGGUGCACGGCGACGUGAUAUCCCACGUGAACAUAAGCGCCGUGCGGGUGGAGGACGGCGGCGAGUACAGGUGCUCGGCGGUGAACCGCGUCGCAAGGGCGCAUCACGCCGCGCGGCUCAAUAUUUACGGGCUGCCGCAUGUGCGGGCGAUGGGGAACUACGCCGCCGUGGCCGGCGAGACGACCGUCAUCAAGUGCCCCGUCGCGGGCUUCCCGAUCGCCAGCAUUACCUGGGAGAAAGAUGGUCAAAUCUUACCGACCAGCCGACGUCAGGAGGUGUCGGCGAACGGCACGCUGGUGCUGCAUCGGGUCGACAGCAGCACCGACCGCGGCGCAUACACGUGCACCGCGAAGAACAAGCAGGGUCGCUCCGACUCGCAGACCAUUCACAUAGAAGUCAAAGUACCGCCUAAAAUCGAUCCGUUUAGCUUUCCCGACAAUAUCCAGGCAGGCGCGCGGGUGCAUGUGACCUGCGCGGUCAGCGAGGGCGAUUCACCCCUGAAGAUCACCUGGCUGAAGGACGGCAGGCCGUUGAAGCCGCGGGAGGCCACCACGCACCAGAUCGGCGAGUUCGAUCUCGCGUUGAGGAUACAGAGCGCGUCGACCGCGCAUAACGGCAACUAUACUUGCGUGGCGAGCAACGAUGCCGCCAAGACGUCCCGCACGGCGUCCCUCCUGGUCCAUGUGCCGCCACGAUGGGUGGUGGAGCCGCAGGACGCCCGCGCGUCGGAGGGAAUGCCCCGAUUGAGCUUGCAUUGUCACGCCGACGGGUUCCCGCCGCCGUUGGUCACGUGGCGGCGCGGCAGCGGCAAGAAGCCCGGCAAUUAUCACGACAUAGCCAGCCACGAGCACAUGCAGGACCUGAGGAUACACUCCAACGGCUCGCUGGUGUUCGGCCGGGUCCAGGAAGAUCACGAGGGCUUCUACCUGUGCGAGGCCGUGAACGGCAUCGGUGCCGGCCUCAGUAAAGUCGUUUAUCUCACCGUCAACGUUCCCGCGCAUUUCGUGGAGAAGCAUCGCAAUCAGACCGCGAGGCUGGGCUCGAACGCCUCGCUGCGCUGCGAGGCGAAGGGCGACCAUCCUUUGAAGAUAGUCUGGAAGAAAGCCGGCUCCCAGUUGGACCCCAAGCUCCCCGACUAUCGUUACACCCUGAAGGAGGACAACACCACCGACGGGGCCGUCAGCGUUCUCGGCUUCGUCAGCACCAGCCGCGAGGACAGCGGACGGUACUUUUGCAUCGCGUCCAACGCCUACGGCCGCGACGAGAUGACGGUUCACCUUUACAUUCAAGAGCCUCCAGACUUUCCACGAAAUCUUCACGUGAUCGAGAAAGGCAGUCGUCACAUUAAUCUGGGCUGGACGACCAGUCAAGACGGGAACAGUCCGAUUACACAAUACAUAAUCGAGUACAAAACCGAAUCAGAAGUAUGGCACGACCACACGUUCCACACGACGGUACCGGGGACACGUGCGCGCGGCCACGUGAGCGGUUUGCGUCCAGCGGUCACUUACCAGUUCCGGAUGUACGCGGACAACGAACUGGGUCGGAGUCAAGCGAGCGACAUUUUAGAGACGACCACCGAGGGGGAGAAGCCGGGCGGACCGCCGCGAAAUCUCAAAGUAGACCCCAUCAGCUCGACCGAGUUCAACGUCACCUGGGAUCCGCCCGAUCAUGAUUUAUGGAACGGCGAGAUACUCGGUUAUCAUGUCGGCUACAAGGAACACAGGUUGGGGGCGGAGCAGUACACGUAUAAAACCGUGGAAAGACGGAUCUCGACGGCGAGCGUCGCUCUGGGUUUGGCAAGAACGUCCAUGCCCGGACGCCAGCAUCAUUUGACGAACUUGAAGAAGUUCACGCGUUACAGCGUGGUCGUUCAAGCGUUCAACGCCCUCGGACCCGGUCCCAUGACGCAGGAAGUUGUGGCGUCGACUCUCGAGGAUGUCCCGAGCAGCCCUCCACAGGACGUGCGUUGCACCGCGCUCACGUCGACGUCCUUACAAGUCUCCUGGGAGUCCCCGCCCGACUCCAGCCUGAACGGGAUCCUGAAGGGCUACAAGGUCAUGUACGAGAACAUGGACGCGCUGACGGAGUCCGUCAAGCCGGAGAUGAAGAUCACCACCUCGCUGACGGCGGUGCUGCACAAUCUGGAGAAGUACACCAAUUACUCGAUCCAGGUCCUGGCGUACACCAGAACCGGCGACGGCGUCGCCUCGUCGCCCCUCUAUUGCGUGACCGAGGAGGACCUGCCGCAGGUGCCGGCCGGCGUCAAGGCGGUCGUCAGCUCGGCGACAUCCAUCAUCGUCUCCUGGCAGCCACCCCUGAAGAGCAACGGCAACAUCACCUCCUACAACGUGCACAUUCGCGGGCUGGGGUCGGAGGGCAAGUGGCACAGGCGUGCCCUGCCGCCGUAUCAGACCAGCUAUCAGGCCGAGGAUCUGCACAAAAGGAGCCAGUACGAAUUCACGAUCGCGGCGGUCACCUCGGUCGGCGAGGGCCCGCAAACCCCGUCCGUCACGGUCUCGCCCUCCAGCGAAGUUCGCGCCGCCAUUUAUUCGUUCGGCACCACGCUUGUCGUGCCGUGGAAGCAAGAUGUGACGUUACCCUGUCAAAGUGUGGGCAAGCCCGAGCCGUCGGUUAUCUGGAAGCAGUGGGGUCAGAUAGUCAAGCCAUCCGCCAGGGUGUCCCUCCAUCCCGACGGAUCCCUGCAGAUCACCGAGCUUCACAGGGAGGACAGCGGAAAUUACACUUGCUUCGUGGAGAAUCGCCACGGCUCCGAUCAAAUAACUCAUCGUUUAACCGUACAAGUCCCACCUGCGGCGCCGUUGUUACACGCGACUAGCUCCAGCAGCAAUUCGAUCAACGUGCAAUGGAAGAACGGCGACGACGGCGGUUCGCCGAUCCGUGGCUACGUACUGCACUACAAGCGGUCCGGCGAGUGGGAGGAGUUCAAGGUGUCGCACAAGGUGAGCAGUUUCGUCCUGUCGCGGCUCUGGUGUGGCAACGACUAUCAGAUGUACCUGACGGCGUACAAUCGCAUCGGCAUGGGCCGGCCCAGCGACAUCGUCAAGGCGACCACAAAGGGCUCGAAGCCGAGCGACUCGCCCGGAACCGUCGACAAGUUCGUCACGGUCAACGUCUCGUGGAUCACCCUGCAUCUCAGCAUGUGGAACGACGGAGGGUGCCCCAUAACUUUCUUCGAGCUGGAGUACAGAAAGAGUGGCGAGGACAUCUGGACGCUGGUCUCGAAUAACAUAGAGGUGCAAAAAACGUAUACCGUCAGCGAACUGCAGCCGGGGACCGCUUAUGACAUCCGCAUAAGGGCACACAACAAUGCCGGCUCGUCGGUGGCCGAAUACAAGAUAACGACGCUGCAGCCGCAUAUUAGCACGACCAUGUCCGCUAUCGAGAUCGAUCAUUACAUUCCCCAGCACACCUCUGUAUAUUCGGACAUGAAGCUCAUCGUACCUCUGGUGCUAAGUUCGUUCGCGGUCAUCGCCGCAGCCGGUGCCGUCUUUUACUGCUUUCGCAAACGUCCAUUUAUGGGCGACAUCGGGAGCUUGCAUGACGCGCAAACCGCGGCCGCCCUAGACAAUAAGCAGAACAUGGAGCAGCGCGAGCAGUAUUACGCCACCGUGCGUAAGCCGCUACGCUCUCCGAUCCACGAGAUGGCCACGCUCGAGAAAAUACCAGAGUAUUCGGAAGAUAUCUACCCGUACGCCACGUUCCAGCUGGAGGAAAGCGUUCCUGCAGGAGGCGACAGCCGCUGCAAUUCUGCCGCGCCUCUUCAGACCUUUGUCUAUCACGACCCUCGUCUCUCAGCUGCCGAUACCCUUCAGUUACGAGAGACUUCCUGUACCAUGGACCAGAAUCUAGCACGUCUACAGAACCCUCACCGAUUUUUGAGAGAAAAUCGUUUCCUGGAAGGGGAAGACCCAAGAUGUUACAGCUGGCGCGUUAUACCAGCGAGGAGGCCCGUGCCAACUUCGGGCCAAUCCCCGGGCUUGGCCAUCCCAAGCACCAGUCGGGCAAUCCCUGUGCCAAUCGGGACCAGGAGCGUGACGGAUCAGGAAACCUGUUCGUCCCCAAGCUGGACCCACCCUCGGGGUUCUCCGACGCGUUUGAGCUAAGCGAGGCCGAGUGCGACUUCGAUCGCGGUCACAACAGCCAACGAAACGUCCGUGACUUCGUAAUCGCGGUGUAA